AGCCGCUGAAACCGGAGGAAACUAGUCACAAAAACCCUGACUAUCAGCUGAUAGAUUGCUUUUGCCGCCUGGUAACUACUCACCUUUCCCACACCAGUGCAAGUCUUCAGGGGUGACAGGACUACAGAGCCGUUUCAGCCUGAAUUGGCUGCAAUCGCCUCCCCCAUGCUUGAGUGCUCAGAGCUGUACUUCAACGUGGACCAUGGCUACCUGGAGGGCCUGGUCCGAGGAUGCAAAGCCAGCCUCCUGACCCAGCAGGACUACAUCAACCUGGCCCAGUGCGAGACCCUCGAAGAUCUGAAAAUUCAUCUCCAGACCACUGAUUAUGGCAACUUCUUGGCCAAUCAAACAAACCCUCUUACUGUUUCCAAAAUUGACACCGAGAUGAGAAAAAGAUUAUGCAGAGAAUUCGACUAUUUCCGGAAUAACUCCCUGGAGCCCCUCAGCACAUUUUUCACCUACAUGAUGUGCAGUUACAUGAUAGACAAUGUGAUUCUGCUAAUGAACGGUGCAUUGCAAAAGAAAUCCAUGAAAGAAAUUCUGGUGAAGUGCCACCCAUUGGGCCGUUUCACAGAAAUGGAAGCAGUCAACAUUGCAGAGACACCUUCAGAUCUCUUCAAUGCUGUUCUGGUGGAAACACCAUUAGCUCCAUUCUUUCAAGACUGUAUGUCUGAAAAUACCCUCGAUGAACUGAAUAUCGAAUUACUGCGCAAUAAACUGUACAAGUCUUACCUUGAGGCAUUCUACAAAUUCUGUAAGAAUCAUGGUGACGUCACAGCAGAAGUUAUGUGUCCUAUUCUUGAGUUUGAGGCCGACAGACGUGCUUUUAUCAUCACUCUGAACUCCUUUGGCACUGAAUUGAGCAAAGAAGACCGGGAGACCCUCUACCCGACGAUCGGCAAGCUCUAUCCUGAGGGGUUGCGCCUGUUGGCACAAGCGGAAGACUUUGACCAGAUGAAGAGAGUAGCGGAUCAUUAUGGAGUAUACAAACCUUUGUUCGAGGCUGUAGGUGGCAAUGGGGGAAAGACAUUGGAGGACGUGUUUUAUGAGCAUGAGGUACAAAUAAAUGUGCUGGCAUUCAACAGACAAUUCCACUACGGUGUGUUUUAUGCAUACGUAAAGCUGAAGGAACAAGAAAUGAGAAAUAUCGUGUGGAUAGCAGAAUGCAUUUCACAGAGACAUCGAACUAAAAUCAACAGUUACAUUCCAAUUCUGUAACCUGCAGGGGGCAAGGGAGGCUCAAUGGCAGAAAGACAUAAAUGUUACAGGAAAGUUAUUGAGGAAAAUAAAAGAAAUUGUGUUAUAUUAUCUAGGUUACACAAAAAUAAACCACACUGCACCUUCAUGAAUUGCAAAUCCACUAGAAAUACAAUAGUCCAACCCUCAAACAAAGCAUUUCUUUUUUUUCAAUAGCCUUAAAUCUUGUUUCCACAUUUAUGUGUCAUUCUUCAGUGGGCCUUAGACAUUAAUUUUAAUUAACCCUAUGGUACCUUUCCUAUUCUUGUUUAAACAUGUUAAAAAUUGGACCUAAUAAAAGUAUUUUAUUCUUGCUUUUGCUUGCUUCUCUAAAGGCCCACAUACUGAGCAUGUACUUUAUUUUUUAACUGUCUGUUCCUUCCCUAGGUCCACCAAAAUCCAAAGCUAUAUGUAGCCAGCAUGGACCCCAUUUUAUGGGAAAUGUUGCAGGUUUUUUCUAGUACACUUGAUCUGGCAGGCUUGAGAAAACAACACAAUUUCACAUCAUAUUCCCUAGAUGCAAGUAGUGUUCAAUUUGUUAAUAAAUUAGUUUCUCACACUUUUCUUUAAAUAAAAGGCAUAUCUCUCUUUC